AUGCCAGAGGGCGCAUACGUGACCGGCUAUUAUUGUCAUAGCAAUCCAGCCAAUAUCACUGUAAACAACGGCGUCUCUCUUCCACAAUCCAUUAAAGACGAGCCUCUUUUUAAGAUGGUUCUCCGCGGAUUCCGGAAACUCAUUCACAAACGCCGCCAUAAAAAUACUUCUGAAAGCAUUCCUACCAUCUCAUCACAGGCUUCCGGGUUAUCUUCGCUGGUGGAUACUUCGCGCGACUCCGAUUGUGUCUUAGAGACUUCCCAUACGGGUUUUAAUGGCUCCCGAGACUUAUGGCAGGAAGCUUUCAAGAAACUCGAUCAGGCUACUCAAGAGAAACUAAGAUCAAUUCGAAAUGCGGAAGACAGCAUCCGGCCCACCGCGGAAGAACUUCUUCAGACCGUAAUCCAAGACACGCAAAGACAAUACGACGAAGAGCGAAAGCGAGUCGAGGAAAGUAAAUCCCGCCAGCUGAGAACCUUAGCCCACAAGAUCCUCAGCGCAGCCCUGUCCUUUCAGAGUGUCAUAGGCGCCGUGGCGGCCUGCGAUCCCACUGGACAUGCUGCCACAGCCUGGACGCUCGUGUCCCUUGCCCUCACGAUGUCUAAAAAUCGACAUGACUUGCGCGGAGCCGCAUUCGAGUCCUCGGGAUUCCUAGCCGAUACCCUCACUCGAUACGCUAUGGUGGAGAUGGAUUGGCGAAAAUCAGAGGGCACCAACGCGCAGACCCAUUUGGAAAAUGCAUUAAUAGACACAUAUUUUGCCAUUUUGAAGUAUACGGCAGAGACGGUGGCGAUUCGCCAAGCGAGUGUUGGGAAGAUGACUUUUCUGAGUGUCAAUGCAUUGAAUACUCAGCCGCUAAGCACGCUCAAAUCCGCCAUUGGCGAACAAGAUCAGCGUCUUCAAAACUGGAUGCGGGUGAUAGAGUCUCGUCGUCAACAUGAGGAAGCUGAGGAGCUCCUCAAGAAGAUCGACGCGAUCACAGGCGAUAUACGAAGCUUGAUCCAAGACUUUGAGGUCUCCAAACUCACGAUCGCCGAAGGAGCGGCAUACGACUCUCACGCAAAUGAACAUAACGAGGAGUGUCUCAAAGAUACCAGGACCGACUUGCUUAAGCAGAUUAUGAUGUGGGCGGCUUCUCCGAAAGAAAAGUGCAUCUUCUGGCUGAGCGGCAUGGCAGGUACUGGCAAGUCUACAAUCUCAAAGACUAUUGCGAGGGAGCUCCGAGAGAAGAAUUACCUUGGGGCUAGCUUUUUUUUUAAAAGGGGCGAGGCCGAUCGUGGCAAUGUGAGCAGAUUCUUUGCCACCAUUGUCAGACAAUUGAUUGUCCAAGAGCCUCGACUCAUCCCGAGUGUCAAACAAGCGAUUGAGAAUGACUUCAGCAUUGCCACAAAGCGGCUUCCACAGCAAUUUGAAGCUCUCAUCUUGAAGCCUUUAUUAGCUCUGAAUAACAAUUAUUCACGGGACUCGGUACUGAUACUGGUAAUUGAUGCACUGGACGAGUGCGACAACAAUGACGACGUUCGGCUGCUGAUUGAUCUCCUACCCCGGAUUCAAGAGUCAAGAGCUAUUCAAGUUCGCAUCUUUAUUACCAGCCGUCCAGAAUUUAUCAUAAAGGUCGGGUUUGAAGAAAUGUCUCAGGAUGACCAUGAUAAUGUUGCCCUGCACGAGAUACCUGUUGAGACAGUAAAGCAGGAUAUAUCGCUAUUCGUGAGACACAGACUAUCUCAAAUUGUGCAGAGAAGACCAUCACCUAUUGACCUCUCCGGCUGGCCCGAAGAGAGUGACCUCUCGCAACUGAUCCAGAUAGCCACUCCGUUGUUUAUCUCUGCAGCCACAAUGUGCCGAUUUAUUGAAAAUCACAAGAAGGACCCGAGGGAACGCCUGAAGAUGAUCCUCAAGAGUCAGCCCGCUGACGCGAAGAGUGCGUCUCACAUAUCGACAUUGCGCCACACAUACCUCCCGAUAUUUGACUCGAUCCUAGAAGGCGAGGAUAGGAAUGAACAUGCACAGUUAGUCAGUGAUUUCAAAGCAUUGAUCGGGCCCCUUGUUCUCCUGGCCGAUCCGCUGCCCAUCAGUGCGCUGGCAUGCCUUCUCGAUAUUUCCGAAUCAGAAACCAGUAUCCGAUUGAGUUUCCUUUCCUCGGUGAUUUCUGUACCGAACAACAGUAGUGAUUCAGUAAGGCCUUUCCAUCUAUCCUUCCGAGACUUUUUACUCGCUGCUGAAAAUCGCAACAUGAACCCCCCGUUCUGGAUUGACCGGGUGGCGACACAUGCGCAAGUAGCUCUGGAUUGCAUCAGAGUGAUGCAAAGACCAAAGACGGGCUUGCGCAUGAAUCUGUGCAAUCUGCCGAGUUACGGGGCCUUGAGAUCGGAAAUCGAUAGGGAGAAAUGCAAUCAAGAUAUCCCCGCUGAGCUCAGGUAUGCCUGCAGGUAUUGGAUUCACCAUCUGGAGCAAGGAAAAGCUGCUUUGAAAGAUGGUGACGAAACACAUCAAUUUCUCGAAAAGCACUUUCUGCACUGGUUUGAAGCGAUGGCUCUGUUGGGCUAUGUGUCCGAGGUCUUGAUUAAUAUCAACAUCCUACGGAUAUCAACAGAGGCGCAUACUGGAUCAAUGUUGGCCAACUUUUUAUACGACGCUUGGCGCUUCAUUCUCAAGAACCUGAGUAUUGCCGAUGAGGCGCCCCUCCAGCUAUACUCUUCAUCGCUUGUGUUUGCACCGCAAAACUCAGUCAUUAAGAAGAAGUUUGCAGAGUAUCUGCCUCGGUGUAUCUCUCAUCUACCACUCGUGAAAGUGGAAUGGGGGGCAGAUUUGCAGUCUCUUGGUGACAGUGUCCAUGGUGUCAACGGUCUGGCAUGCUCACCUGAUGGUGGGCUGAUUGCUUCAAUAAUGAAAUUCGGUGAAAUCAACCUAUGGAGCACAGUCACGGGAACUCUUCGUCAGAGCUGGAAAACUGGCAUUGGGGAGUCAACGCUCAUUUACGGGCUGGCAUUUUCUCCCGAUGGCAAACUGCUAGCUUUGGGGUCUAGCAAGGGAACAAGCCUAUGGAACAUGUCAUCCGGUACACUGUCCAAAGCCCUUCCUAAUCGACUUUGGUCGCCAAGUCGACCCGCCUUCAGCCCUGAUGGAACAGCAUUGCUAUUACAGGACAAGUCUACCCAGCCAAGCACACUUGGAUUGUGGGACAUUGCUCAAAGCAGGUUUAUGCAGAAUCUAGAGGGCCACAUCGAUGGGCUUAAGUCCUUAGUAAUCUCCCACAAUGGCCAAAUCGUUGCAACAGGAUCUGAUAAUGGCAUAUUGAGGUUAUGGACACUGAAUGUGAACAGAACUGUUCCAACUCAAAUCCAGGCGCAUUCUCAGCCCGUCGAAUCUCUAGCCUUUUCUCCUGAUGAUGACCUGAUAGUAACGGGCUCCAGCGAUUGCGAGAACUACGUGUGGACUGUCAAAGAUAGCACACGGCUUCACAGGCUUGUGGAUAAAGAAAAUGGCUACAGAGCAGACACCUCUGUGGAAUUCUCAUGCGAUGGCCGGUUGGUGGCCUCUGGAUUCGGUGAUGGCAUAAUCAACAUGUGGAACAGCACCUCGGGGGAAUUGGAACGAAGCUUUUCCCAUCCGUCCCCGGUUAAGACGAUGGCUCUCUCUCAUACUGGCGAACUGAUCUCUGGUUCCAGCGAUGGCGUGGUCCGCAUAUGGGAUACAUGUAUCGAAGAUCAGGUUUCACGUGUCAGACAUCCAGAUUUUUCUACCGCCAAAGUCCGUGUAGUAAUGUCGCCAGAUGGAAGUCUUGCUCUGGCAAUCAGGUAUAGUCAUGGGGCGACUGUCGUGGAUAUUGCCACGGGCAGAACAAUGUGGCUGACUGGCUCGGAUUGGAUAUUCUCUUUUGAUACCAUUUUCUCUAUCAAUAAUCAGUUGAUCGCUGUUGCCUUGAUUAUGAAUGUGAUGAUCUGGGACAGAGCAAGCGGAAAAUUGAUUCAAGAUUUGCGCAUCUCAAACAAUAAACCAGUCAGAUAUCGAAUUGCGUUCCGACCAGAUAACAAACUCAUAAUUUGGGUGCCAGGAAACGGUCAGCUCCAGGUAUGGGACCCAAUAUCUGGGAAGCAACUGGAGACUCUGGGGACUUACGAUGACAUGGGGUUCUUAACGGUUUCCUACGAUGGCCAGCUGCUAGCUUGCACAAACGGUUCAACGAUCAGCAUCUGGGAUCUUUCCACAAAGUCUUCCUUCAAUCUAGAGAACAAGAACAGAUGUGAGGCAGUGGCAAUUUCGCCUGACAAUAUGACCUUGGUCGUUCUCUCUGGAACCCGCGCUUUAGGACUGUGGAACUUGCGUUCACGUCGAUUGUACAAUUAUUUGUCUCUCCUUACUUGGUCAGAGACCAUUCACUUUUCCGAGGACGGCAAAUACAUCAGUGCAGAUAAUCAGUCAUAUCACGCAGAGAGUGACGGUGAAGGUCAGGUGGUCUCUAUAUCACUUAUUGAUGAUCAAUUGAGAAUGGAAAACCAAUGGGCAUACCUCGGAAAUGAGAGGUUUCUCUGGAUCCCGGAAGAAUAUGGACAGUCAAAAAUAUACUGUGGGAUGACGGCACACCGUAGGGAUCAAACGCUUUGUCUUGAUUCUAGUCAUGGAAACAUAUCAUGUAUCAGCUUUGAUAGAAAUGCAAGAUGGGACCCUCUUUGA